GGCUGGGCUCCUGGCAGGGUCGACUCGGUGGGGGCAAGUGGCGCCUUGGUAAUUACAUUGUGGUCGAUGACCAGGGGUCCAAGUUCGAAGUGCCACAAGAGAAGGCGAGACCCGUGGAUCCGAAUUGCUUGAAAGGGGUGGAGGACCUGUUGUCCUUGGGCGAUUUUAACGAGGGGGCACUCUUGCACAAUGUCCGUCAGAGAUAUUUCGACGAUUUAAUCUACACAGGCAUUGGCAGUGCAGUCCUUACAGCGUCCAAUUCUCAUCUCAGCAACCUUGCCGCCUUGAGAUAUGCACGUUACAUGAUGUUGCAUGCAUUGGUAAAUCCGUUCCAGAAUCUCGCGGGCCUGUAUUCCGAAGCGAAGCAAAAAUUCUACCGGGAUCGAUCUGCUGCUGCAGGUGCAUCGGGCGAUGAAUCAGAUCUCCCGCCUCAUCUUUUUUCCGUGGCGGCCGCUGCGUACACCACUAUGCUGAGCGAUGCCCGGAACCAGUCGAUCAUCAUUUCUGGAGAAAGCGGCGCAGGCAAAACGGAAGCCACAAAGCGGAUUUUGACGUACUUCGCAAAUCUCCAGCGAUCCGGUUCGGCAGUGCACGAGAAGAUGAGUAUCGAAGAGCAAGUCCUCCGCUCCAAUCCCAUCCUGGAAGCCUUCGGCAAUGCGAAAACCAUCCGCAACGACAACUCCUCUCGCUUCGGGAAGUUCAUCGACAUCGAGUUCGAUUCGUCUGGCAAGUUGCAAAGCGCGAGGAUUUCGAAUUAUCUUUUGGAGAAGAGUCGCAUUGUAAAGCAGCAGCCGGACGAGCGGGGCUACCAUGCUUUCUACCAGCUCUGCGCUGGGGCACGCUCACUCCCCGAUAUCGGAUCCAUGCUGGGGCUUCGUGCAGCGUAUGACCACGCAUACACAUCUGUAUGCACAGACAUACCUGGAGUUGACGACGCUGGCAUGUUCGAGGAAGCCGUCGAGUGCAUGGAUGGGCUUGGGUUCAGCACGGAAGAAAAGAACUCCGUUUUCCAGCUCGUCGCUGCAGUAAUUCACCUGGGAGACAUGCAGUUUGAGGAGGGGGAUGAUGGCAGCCGAAUCUGCGAUGCCGUCCUCGCCGCCAAAAUGUGUGAGCUUCUGCAAGUCUCGAAAGAAGCUUUCACCAACACGUUCCAGUACCGAACCAUGGAGGAUCCCUUUAGCAAGAAGAUGAUCAACAUGCCCCAGGAUCCAGCCAGCUCUUCGAAUACCCGCCAUGCCAUGGCAAAGCAUUUGUAUUCUCGUCUCUUCGACUGGCUUGUGUGGCGAAUUAACCAAAGCACAGCCGGCAAGGGAGGUGGGCCAAAGAAGGAUGCGACAAAGAAGAUUGGAAUUCUGGAUAUCUACGGUUUCGAAGUGUUCGAGUGGAACUCGUUUGAGCAGUUGUGCAUCAACUUCGCGAACGAAAAGCUCCAGCAGCACUUCAACUCACAUAUGUUCACGUUGGAGCAGAGGCUCUACGCUGAAGAAGGCAUUUCAUGGAGCCAUAUCCAGUGGCAAGACAAUCAAGAAAUUAUCGACAAUUUGGAGAAGAGGCCGUUGGGCGUUUUCUGCAUUCUCGAUUCUGAGUGCCUUAUGCCAAGCUCCACGGAUCAAACCUGCUUGAGCAAGAUCUACAACACCUUCAAGAACUCCAAGGUCGUCUACAAGCCCUCGCGGUUCGCAUCAACCAACUUCGCUGUACAGCACUAUGCCGGAGAGGUGGUGUAUGAUGUGCUGUCCUUCCUGGAGUACCUGGGAUUGCACAGUUUGAAUUUGUCUAGC